UUUUUUUUUUUGAAUAAUGAAAAUGUCGGAUCACCAGGAGAUCGCGGAUGCUGAGGACGCGCGUCUAUCCGGGAACCCGACCUCUCCGCUCCGGCCGACUGGCGACCGUCUGCCCUGCCACAAGAGCAGCGUGUGCUCCCGCUCCUACUUCGUGGUCGUGAUGGUGUUUUUUCACGUCUACAUCAUUAAUGUCAUAGCACUGCUCUUCUACGUGCACUACAACAGCGGGCAGGAGGACGGCAGCCGGGGCGGAGACGCUCCCAGCGGCGGUGACCGACAGCAGCACCAAGAGCAGCGACGUCCCGCUCCAUCACAGCAGCACUUUGUACGGGAUGUUUCACUAACAAGGAUCGAGGGAAUAAGGGUAGGACAUGUCCAAAAGGUGUCUCUAGUGCCAGACAAAGUGCACGAGAUGAGGACUUUGAGUCUGAAACCUCUGCUGUUCGAAAUCCCGGAUUUUUUGUCAGAGGACGAGUGCCGGGUGGUGAUGCAGCUCGCUCAGCUGAAGGGUCUGAUGGAGAGUCAGCUGAUGGUGCAAGAAGGUCAAGAAGAGCUUGCAAAAGAGCUUGACCUGAGUCCAGAGGAGAUCUUUAACCUUCUUGAUAUCAACCAGGAUGAACAGCUGCAGCUUCAUGAGAUACUGACUCAUUCCAGAGUGAGGGACGGAAUAUGGCUAACUCCUGAGAACCUGCAAGAAAUUUAUGAGGGGCUCAAAGCAGACAAGGAUGGUGACGGUUUGCUGAGCCUGGAGGAGUUCCGGCUCCUGAGCAGCGAUGCCUUUCAGCGCUUUCUGCUGCAGAGAGGAGUGAAAAGGAGUCAGCUCGUUCGGAACAGUCGGCACACCUGGCUGUAUCAGGGCAAAGGAGCCCAUCGGGUCCUCCAGGAAAUCAAGGAGAGGGUGACUCGCCUCACCCGGCUCCCAUCGGCAUUAGUAGAUCUGAGUGAGCCGCUUCAGGUGGUUCGAUAUGAGGAGGGGGGGCACUACCAUGCCCACCAUGACAGCGGGCCCGUCUACCCUGAAACGGCAUGCACACACACACGUCUUGCAGCAAACACCUCAACUCCUUUUGAGACCUCUUGCAGGUACAUCACAGUUCUCUUCUACCUGAAUUCUGUUGAUGGGGGCGGGGAGACCGCAUUCCCUGUGGCAGACAACAGGACCUAUGAUGAAGUGUCUCUGAUACAGAAUGAUGUGGAUCUGAUGGACACCAGAAGAAACUGUGACAAGAGUAACCUAAGAGUGAAACCCACCAAAGGAAUGGCUGUUUUCUGGUACAACUACCUCUCAGAUGGAAAAGGCUGGGUUGGAGAGCAGGAUGAAUAUGCUCUGCAUGGAGGCUGUGUGGUCACCCGCGGGACUAAGUGGGUAGCCAAUAAAUGGAUCAAUGUUGAUCCAGAUUACCAGCGGCAGGCUCGCUUCCAACAGCUGGUUACACAGCUGCCAGAUGAAGACAACGACGAAGAUCUUAUUUUAAAUGCAGACGCGCAGAAUCCCAGCAUCCAUCAGGACCUGUAGCUCCUACACCAACACAAUCAUGUUUCACAACAAAAUCAUCCUUGUCUUCCUCAAUCCAGUGCACAGAUUUUUUGGAUGAGUUUGCAGAAUCAUAGUUUAUUCAGGGAAUGAGUUCACAAUGGGAAAUAGAUGCCUUUGUAGCAACAGUAUACAGUAGUUUGUUUGCUGUUGCACUAGCCCCCCCGGGGAACAGUUGUAAUUUUCCGAAUGUUUUAAAUUGUGUAAGAUUUAGUGAUAUCUAGUGGCAAAAUUUUCAAGUGCAUGCUUUUGAAUUUUCCCGUUCCGAAUCUCAUCUUCCAGACCUGCAGGGUAAUGUUCACAGCAGCCAAAAAAAAAUAAUCAUAAAAAUUGGUCAGGGUUUGUCUGUUCCUCUAUAAACUCUAGAAACCUGCAAAAAAAUCUGUAAAAACAUUGCAUUCUUUAAUUAUAGCACAGCAUUUCCUACCCUAAAGUUAUAUAUUGCCUUUAUGCCAGUAGAUUCCUCUAAAUGUUACACACCUAAACAUUUUUGCAUGUAUAAUCUAAACGGUUUUGCUGUUGUGACGAGCAAACCUUUGCACUACAAUACUGCGACAGCUGCCGUUACCAAAAGAAGCUCAUGCCUCUCGGUGUGAUGCAUGAUGCCUUGUCUUUGUCUCUUCAGUACAAUGAUACUGUUUUUUUCUAGAAUGCACAAUGAAUGAAAAUGCACAUGAUGUUCAGAGUUCUUUUUAUUCAUUUAUUAAAUUAUCAAAGAAAAUGCACUCUUUCAGUGUUCCUGCACAAAGUAAAAUGUAAUGAAUCCCAACUGUCUCUUGCAUCUUUUUUUCUAACAAAGCUUUAUAUAAUGGCUAAAUAACACUUUAGCAUGACAACAAAAUGAAAGUAUAAACAUAAGAUAAAACAGGUGUAAAGGUUUUAACUGUUUCCUUAAAUUACUCUAAUGUUGGAUCCAAGGAAGCAGAC